GCCCUGAGGAGGGCCCGGCGCCUCCUCAGCCGGGUUAGGCCGCUUCGCCCCCUGGUCGGGGCGGAAGGGGCGCGCGCCCCCCACCUCGUCGCCCUCAGGCUUUCCCUGCUGUUUUCCCAUGUCUCAAUGGACUCCUCAAUGUAAUAUAGUCUAUACCCUAGAAGCGGAUAUGAAGAGUGACGUUUCUUCUGGUGCACCAAAGAGCCAGGAGAGCCUGAAGGGGGUCCUCUUGAAUCCUCCUCCGCCCAUUGAGGCAGCUAAGAGCUUCCCUGAAGAAGAAGCCGAGAUGAUUGCCAGCAAAGUUGGGGAUGAAUUCUCCCACCUCUGUGGUGACUCUCAGAAGCAGAAGGAUGUCAACGGGAACCGUCCUGAGCAGGAGACCCUGGUCGUGCGGAAGAAGCGCAAGAGUCAGCAGGCUGGCCCUUCCUAUGCUCAGAACUGUGACGGCAAAGAGAACCCCCGGAUUUUAGGAUUAAGGCAGCGCCUCGAUACGCAGAGUGAGGACAAUGACUCCUCAUUCAGUGACUGCGUCUCUUCGCCAUCAUCUAGUUUGCAUUUUGGAGACUCUGACACCAUGACGUCCGACGAGGACAAGGAGACCGCCCCUGUGAGGCAUACUCGGGCGCUGUUGAACGCGUCGAGCAGAACUCACGGUUCUCGGCCACAAAAGUGGCCCCGGACGGAGACAGAAUCUGUGCCAGGGCUGUUAAUGAAAAGGCCCUGUUUCCACAGCAGUAGUUCCCUGAGGAGGCUCCCCUAUAGGAAGCGGUUUGUGAAAACCAGCUCCUCGCAGCGGACACAAAACCAAAAAGAGCGGAUUUUAAUGCAGCGGAAAAAAAGGGAGGUCUUAGCUCGGCGGAAGUAUGCUUUGCUACCCAGCUCCAGUAGUUCCAGCGAGAACGACCUUAGUAGUGAAUCCUCUUCCAGCUCAUCCUCCGAAGGAGAGGAAGAUAUUUUUGUGUCAACUGGUGAAAAUCACCAAAACAGUACUGCUGUUCCCUCAGGGAGUAUUGAUGAAGAUGUUGUGGUAAUCGAAGCGUCCUCCACUCCCCAAGUCACUGCCAAUGAAGAAAUCAAUGUUACCUCAACAGACAGCGAAGUAGAGAUUGUAACUGUUGGAGAAAGUUACCGGUCUCGUUCAUCACUUGGGCAUUCUAGGUCCCACUGGGGCCACAGUUCGAACUCCCAUGCUUCGCGGCCGCAAGAGCAGCGGAACCGCAGUAGAAUCUCCACGGUCAUCCAGCCGCUGCGACAGAGUACAGCAGAAGUGGUGGACCUCACAGUGGACGAAGACGAGCCAACUGUUGUGCCAACAACUUCCUCUAGAGUGGACUCCCAGGCUGCGAAUUCUUCUUCGGACGGCGGCCCCAAUGCCACAACAUCAGAGCAGGUCUCUGACGUAGUUUCUAGCAUCUCCAACAGCCAGUCCUCAUUGGUACCGGAGCCUUUGGUUGUUCUCACCAACAGCGGUACUGCUGGGAAUUCGGCAGGAGACGACGCAAGAGGAAAUGCCUCAAGUGCAACACUGGAACCCGGCCCUCCGGCAAUGCCAAGGCUGCCCUCGUGCUGCCCCCAGCAUUCCCCGUGUGGCGGCUCUUCGCAGAGCCACCACGUCCUGGGGCACCCUCACGCCAGCUGCUUCCAGCAGCACAGCCACCACUUCCAGCACCAUCAGCACCACCACCACAACCCCCACGCCAGCGUCCCGCUCUCGCCGCCGUUCAGCGAGGCCAGCUGCCCCGUCGAAAGGCCUCCUCCAGUGCCGGCACCUGGCGGGCCAAGCAGCAGUUCUGGCACCACUUACCACGACCAGCAGGCCUUGCCGGUAGACUUGAGCAGCAACGGCAUAAGGAAUCACGGCAGCGGCUCUUUCCACGGAGCGUCGGCCUUUGACCCCUGCUGCCCAGGGUCCUCCUCCCGAACAGCCAUCUAUGGGCACCAGGCCGGGGCUGCUCCGAGCCAGCCCAUCGCCAUUGACGGAUACAGCGCCAACCUGGUGGCCCAGGCCCAGCCUCCGCCCCCACCCCAGGCUUCGUUGUCCUCUUGCCGGCAUUUCAUGCACGCGCCUUAUGCGUCUCUGACUCGACCGCUUCACCAUCAGGCCGCCGCCUGCCCCCAUUCCCACGGGAACCCCCCUCCCCCAGCUCCCUCCCAGCCCCCGCAGCCUCCCCCUCAAGUAGACUACGUCAUCCCCCACCCUGUCCACCCCUUCCACCCUUCCAUCUCCUCGCAUGCCGCCUCCCACCCCGUCCCCCCUCCUCCCCCGCCCCACCCGUUGGCCAAUGCCGCGGCCCCGAUCCCGCAGCCCCUGCCCACCGCCCACCAGUCCCUGUCCCAUCAUAUCCCUGCCACGGCACCUUCGGCCCAGAGGCUGCACCCGCAUGAAGUGAUCCAGCGGAUGGAGGUCCAGCGACGGAGAAUGAUGCAGCACCCAACGCGAGCACAUGAACGGCCUCCACCACAUCCUCACCGAAUGCAUCCCAACUACGGCCACGGGCAUCACAUCCAUGUACCCCAGACGAUGUCGUCGCACCCGCGCCAGGCGCCAGAGAGAUCCGCCUGGGAACUGGGAAUCGAAGCAGGAGUGACAGCAGCUACCUACCCGCCAGGCCCGUUACACCCUCACUUGGCCCACUAUCACACGCCUCCUCGACUUCACCAUUUGCAAAUCGGUGCCCUUCCUUUAAUGGUUCCUGACAUGGCGGGCUAUCCUCACAUCCGUUACAUUUCAUCGGGAUUGGAUGGAACAUCAUUCAGAGGCCCUUUCAGGGGCAAUUUUGAGGAAUUAAUUCAUCUGGAAGAACGUCUAGGAAAUGUGAAUCGCGGAGCUUCCCAAGGAACAAUUGAAAGGUGCACAUAUCCACACAAAUACAAAAAGGUAACAACUGAUUGGUUCUCACAGAGGAAACUGCACUGCAAACAAGAUGGGGAGGAAGGAACUGAGGAAGAUACAGAGGAAAAGUGUACCAUUUGUUUAUCUAUAUUAGAGGAAGGUGAAGAUGUCAGGCGCCUGCCGUGUAUGCAUCUUUUCCACCAAGUGUGCGUGGAUCAGUGGUUGAUCACAAACAAGAAGUGCCCCAUUUGCAGAGUGGACAUUGAGGCUCAGCUGCCAAGCGAGAGUUGACACCCUUUUGCCUAAAACCUCUUGCUUUCCUCCUUCACGCCCAUCCUUCCUGGUACUGCAGUCAACCAAAGAUGGCAUGACUUACCUGUGCAGAUGUUGGAAGCAUUUGAACCUGCUAGAGUGCCGUUUGUCUGCUCUGUGGUAUACCUAAUGCUAAUCCUACAGUUCAGUGUAUUUAUAAAGCUUUGUUUUUGUUUUUGUUUUGUUUAGACCUUACAAUCUCCCCACUCUUAACACGUUUUCCUGUACUUUUUUGCAUGGUUCCUUGUAUUGCAUUUCUUUGCACAUGUUAUGGGCUUUAGUGACCUCCCCAAACUUGCAGGCAAGAUUAUCUGCUUUAGAAAGUAGAAUUGUGUGGUCUUUUAUUUUUUUGUUUUUAUUUUUUACAUAGAGUCAAGCUUUUCAGAGUAUGAUUUCACUCAUUACUAACCUCAGAGUCCUUAAUUUAAACAAGUAUUUUAGUUUUAAAUGUAUAAAGAUCAACUUUUUUUAAAAAAAGGAUAUUAUUGUGUUUUUAAGACAUUCCUUAAUUAGGAAAAAAAAAGCUGCUGUAUUCUUGGGUUGGGCAGAAACGCCGAGCGCUUCUCCUGCACAAGCCCUCGUUAAAGUGAACGGGGGCUGUGCAAGAGAGCACCAUCCGUAAUUACUGGGAACAUAACCUUCAAAUCUCUUGAUUUCAACUGGCUUACUCAUCAUUGGAACAUCCUUUUCAGAUCACAUUUUUAUGUUCUUCAAACCUUCAGCACAAUGCAGAUAUAUUUGAAUGUCAAUAUUAAAAACAUUUAGACUGCUGUCCGAUUGUAUGUACCAUUUUCUUAUGUCUAGCAAUUUGAAUCUCUCUAACAUAAUAUUUUGCUGCUGUGAAACAGCUCUAAUGAACACUAAAUAUUUGAUUUCAACUAGCUGGGUUGUAGAUAUAUGCAGGUUGAAUGAAAGAAGUUUCUAGGAAAACGGGGGAAAGGCAGGGUUUUUUUGUCUUUUUUAUUUUUAUUUUGCUCCUUGGUCUUACCUUAAAUUCAUCUAAAGAUCUGCACAAACUGGUUUUGUAAAAAAAAAAUGGAAAAGAAAAAAAAAACACAACUACGAAGAUUAAAUCAAUACUUACAAAUUCAUUUCUUAAGGCAAAUAUCCAUGACUUCAUAGAACUUUUCAGGGUCCCUGCUCUGUCAUGGGAUCUGGGUGGUGUUUUUUGUUUUUUUAAUUUUAGUUUUACAGUUAAUAAAGUUAGCUGAAUCCACCUGUCUGUUGUGUUGUUUCUGAAAAAAUCAGUUUGAAACUGUUCUAGAAACUGUUCCUAUGGCAGGGCAUGUUAAGCAGCAGAAUAACCUGACCCCCCCACCCUGGGGGGGGUGAGAGAGGGAGAGAGAGCAAUAAAUAAAAAUAACUGCAAAGAACCAUCCGUAGGGAAAAGACCUGUGGGCUUUAAGCAUGGGAGACCAGCUUUCUAUCUGUUACUGACAACUAUCAUGUAGAGAUAUGUGUGGUUUUAAAAACAAAUCUUUAAUUCUUUUGAUGUGGGAAUGCAGGAGGAGUUGCAGACUAGCUCCUGUUUUAUAAAGUUACAGCCAGGCAUGCACUAUAAAGAGAAUAAAACAGGCUUUGGGAAAAUGUUUCCUCCAUUUAAUAUGCUUUUACUAGCUUGAAUGCAUCGCCUUAGGUUUCUGCAGUAUCUCCACGUUUGAACAUAACACAACAGUAUGCUUCCAAUACCCUUUUCAUAUUGAAUUCCACUGUCAUUCUCUCUUUUUUUAUGCA